CCACACAGUCGAAGAAGAAGGAGGCGGGGAUGACUGGGUUUUUCUUCGUGUGUUUUACUUCAGCAGCCUGACACCAGCCGCGGAGGACUCAUGCUGCCUUCACGUGCUGCUCGGGAGAGCGGAGCUGUAGCCAGACCUAGGACUGCGUAGUGUUUUUACUAGUUGAAAAGUUCUCUCUAACUUCAUGGCAAAGAUUUGGGAAAUGGUUGGUGAAGAGUUUUGGAGACAUAGAGUGGCUGGUCCACCAGGGACGACAUCAGGCACUGCAGUACAGAUAACACAUUAAAACAGAUAAAUCAUGAUUCCCAUCACGGAGCUGCGGUACUUUGUGGACACACAACCAGCCUACCGCAUCCUGAAACCAUGGUGGGACGUGUUCACCGACUACAUCUCCAUUGUUAUGCUCAUGAUUUCUGUGUUUGGGGGGACCCUGCAGGUCACCCAGGACAAGAUGAUCUGCCUACCCUGCAAGUGGGUGGUCAACAACACCUGCAAGAAGAACUUCAACACCAACACAUCUGCAUCACUGUAUGUGGAGCACAAAGGGAUUCAGUAUAACCUGGACCGCCACCAGUACAACUACGUGGAUGCAGUAUGCUACGAGAACAAACUGCACUGGUUUGCCAAGUAUUUUCCCUACUUAGUGUUACUACACACGCUUAUAUUCCUUGCGUGCAGCAACUUUUGGUUUAAAUUUCCCAGAACUAGUUCUAAACUAGAGCACUUUGUAUCCAUCCUGUUGAAAUGUUUCAACUCCCCGUGGACAACGAGGGCACUGUCGGAGACGGUGGUGGAAGAGAGUGACCCAAAACCAUUAAAAAUGAAUGGCUCAGUGGACCACAAGGAGUCGGUCAUCAGCGAUGAUGUUGAAGCCAGUGUUCCGAUGCUGCAGAGAACAAAGACACGCCUUGAGCAGGGCAUCGUUGAUAGAACAGAGACAGGAGUUUUGGACAAAAAAGAGGGCGAACAGGCAAAAGCCCUGUUUGAAAAAGUCAAGAAGUUCCGUAUACACGUGGAGGAAGGGGACAUUGUGUACAGACUGUACAUUCGCCAAACAAUUAUCAAGGUUAUUACGUUUAUUUUGAUCAUCUGCUACACAGGGUAUUAUGUGCAUGACAUUAAAUUCAGCGUGGACUGUUCAGUGAACAUUGAGAACCUGACCGGCUACAACCUGUACCGCUGUGCUCAUCCCUUGGCGACACUUUUUAAAAUCUUAGCCUGUUUCUACAUUAGCUUAGUCGUGGUCUACGGUUUGAUUUGCAUGUACACUCUCUGCUGGAUGCUGCGACGUUCUCUUAAGAAGUACUCCUUCGAGUCCAUACGAGAAGAGAGCAGCUACAGUGACAUACCCGAUGUGAAGAAUGACUUUGCCUUCAUGUUGCACAUGAUCGAUCAGUAUGACCCGCUGUACUCCAAGCGUUUUGCAGUAUUCCUCUCAGAAGUUAGCGAGAAUAAGCUAAGGCAACUAAACCUGAACAAUGAGUGGACGUUAGAUAAGCUGAGACAGAGGAUAACAAACAACUCUGAGGAUAAGUUGGAAUUGCACCUUUUCAUGCUUAGCGGCAUUCCCGACACUGUGUUUGACUUGAUGGAGCUGGAGGUUCUCAAACUGGAGCUCAUCCCAGACAUCACCAUCCCACCAAUCAUUGCUCAGUUGGUCAACCUUCAAGAAAUGUGGCUUUACCACACACCAGCAAAAAUCGAAGCUCCAGCGUUGGCUUUUCUGCGUGAGAACUUGAAGUCCUUACACAUCAAGUUCACAGACAUCAAGGAGAUUCCCUUGUGGAUAUACAGUUUGAUGAACCUGAGUGAGCUUCACCUGACGGGGAACCUCAGUGCUAAGAACAACCGUUAUAUUGUCAUAGAUGGGCUCCGAGAACUUAAGAGGCUCAAGAUUCUUCGACUGAAGAGCAACCUGACCAAGCUACCUCAGGUGGUAACGGACGUGGGCAUGCACCUGCAGAGGCUCUCCAUCAAUAAUGAAGGAACCAAGCUGAUGGUCCUCAAUAGCUUAAAGAAGAUGGUGAACCUGACAGAGCUGGAGCUCAUCCGCUGCGAUCUAGAACGGAUACCACACUCAAUCUUCAGCUUGCACAACUUGCAGGAGAUCGACCUUAAGGACAACAAUCUGAAAACCAUUGAGGAGAUUAUAAGCUUCCAACACCUUUGUCGGCUGAUUUGCCUUAAGCUCUGGUACAACCACAUUGCCUACAUUCCUAUCCAGAUCGGCACACUGAACAACCUGGAGAAGCUGUACCUGAACAGGAACAAAAUCGGGAAGAUUCCCAGCCAGUUGUUUUAUUGCCAAAAGCUGCGAUUUCUGGACCUGAGCCAUAACAACCUCACCUACAUCCCAACGGACAUUGGCUUCCUACAGAAUCUUCA